AUGGCACCACAGUCGACGAGCCACGCUGGCGUCUUCCUAGAAAGCGAAUGGAUUGGGUCUGGUAAGAAGUUCACAAAAGAUUUACCUGCCUAUGUCAAGACGGCCCUCGAGGCCCAACUUUUGCUGCCGCCAGCAAUACUAUCCUUGGUACUACCAGGUAGCAUCAAGGGGUUCGAGCCGGAGGAACGAGACGACGACGAGACACUGGAGUGGCUCGAUGAGCCUGCUACAGUUAUCCGGGGAGAGUCUGGGUUUGUUGCUGCAAACAAGGUGAACCUUAAUGACCCGGACCUUCUAGAGAUGCUCGCGACAUCGCCGCCGUCGUCUAGGGCUGGAAAUUCACAACGGCCGCGCACGGAUGUUCAGGAGGACUCGGAGCUAGUAAAUGUGAACGAGCCGGCAGAAGAUGAAACUCUGUAUGCCCUUGCGUGUAAUUCGGACGCUCCCUGA